GUGUUUUUAUCCUUUGCCAAAAGAGCAAAAUGAAGUGCAAAAAACAAAGGACAAAAUAAAAUCAUCCAAUCCAAUUGAAAGCACGAAGUGGAUAUGGUUCCUUAUCUAGUCAAUACCCCAAAUCCCCUUCCACAUGUUGAUUCAAUUCAAACACAACAACCAUGGAAGCUUUGUUCCUCACGAAACCAAUUUCUCACUUCAAACCCAAACACUCUCUAUCUCCCAAACACCCAUUUGAAUUUCACCACCACCACCACCACCACCAAUCUCUCACUCUCCGCCACAAACCCACCAAACUUCCCACCGUCACCACCGCAACUCAAAACCACCAACAACAACAAGAACAAGAACAAACAACACCCAAAACCAUCGAAGAUGAAGAACCCUACGGCGAAGUCAAAAAAAUUAUCGGAAGCAAAGCCUUGGAAGAUUCCACCGGCAUGGAAUAUCUCAUCGAAUGGGAAGAUGGCCAUCAACCUUCCUGGGUCCCCGCCGACUUCAUAGCAAAAGACGUCGUCGCUGAAUACGAAACUCCCUGGUGGACCGCCGCUAGAAAAUCCGACGAAAAUGCCCUCAAAACAAUCCUUGAAGCCGACGAUUACCGCGACGUAAAUGCAGUAGACUCUGAUGGUAGAACAGCACUUCUAUUUGUAGCUGGCCUCGGCUCAGAGCCAUGCGUUAGGCUCUUAGCCGAAGCUGGCGCCAAUUUAGACCACCGCGAUAAUAGCGGUGGUCUAUCCGCGCUGCACAUGGCAGCCGGAUAUGUAAGACCUGGAGUAGCAAAACUACUCUUGGAACUCGGUGCUGAUCCGGAAAUUAGCGACGAUCGUGGAAGAACAGCGUUGGAUUUAGCGAGGGAGUUGUUAAAAGCGACGCCAAAGGGGAACCCAAUGCAAUUCGGAAGAAGAAUGGGGUUAGAAGGUGUGGUUAGGGUUUUAGAAGGUGCAGUGUUUGAAUAUGCUGAAGUAGAGGAGAUUAUGGAGAAGAGAGGGAAAGGUGAGAAUUUGGAGUAUUUGGUGAAAUGGAAAGAUGGAAGUGCUAAUGAGUGGAUUAAGGGGAGGUUUGUGGCGGAGGAUUUGGUGAGGGAUUAUGAAGCUGGGCUUGAAUAUGCGGUGGCGGAAGCGGUGGUUGGUCGGAGAGUUGGUGAUGAUGGGAAGUAUGAGUUUUUGGUGAAAUGGGUUGAUUUGGAUGAACCCACUUGGGAGCCCGAGGAGAAUGUUGAUUCUGAGCUUGUUAAAGUGUUUGAUUUGAGUAAUAAUCAAGCUCAGCCUGGUAAUGAUAAUGGGGUUUCUACGGUUGAUUUGAGUCAGAAUAGUUCAAAUAUUGUUAGUGCAUGAUAAUUGUUUUGUUUCAUAAAUCAAAUCCAUUACAAAUUUUUGCUUGUUACAAUUUACAUUAUGAGUCAUUUUUUAGCAAUACUCCCAAUUAGUAAGAAAGUUUGAAACA